AUGGGUCUAAACUAUGUACGAGUUAUCAGUGUUGGAGCAUCAAUCUUAACCCAGAUGGUCAUAGGAUUUGCAAUUGUCAAACUUAACCUUUUCAAAGCCAAAAAGAUUUCAAUGUUGAAUAAGUUUUGCUUUUUAUAUAUGUUCUACCCACUUGUGUUGAGAUUUCUUGCUCAUCAAAAAGUUUCUGACCUUAAUUUCAAGCCUUUUGGUGUUAUGGCAGUUUCUUCUCUACUUUCUCAAGUUAUUUUAACAUUAAUUAUGCUAAUUCCUUUUAAGAAUCGAUUAGUUCAAUAUGUUUCAUCAUACUUUCCAUCAAUAUUCGUAAAUUACGCUGUUGUUGGCAUCCCCAUUUUGGCUUCAUUGUGGCCAGAUGCUGAUAUCGUUAUAGUUUCAAUGAUAUCAUUGAGCAAUGAUUUAGUAACAGUUCCAGUAUAUCUCAUAGAAUCAAGAAUUGUUUCAUUAAUCAACAGAAAUAAAAUGCAUAUUGAAAAGGAUGAGCCAACAGAGAAAUUUUCGUUCAAAAUCAUUCUCGACCUCCUCAAAAGUUUAGCAACUUCUCCAAUUAUAUUAGGUGACCUUUCAGGUUGCAUCGUUGCAGGUAUUGGAAGGGGUGUUCCUGAGUAUAUUGAAAGAAUCCUUAAAAUUGUUGCAGAUGGGGUUUUAGGUAUAUCACUUAUUGCUGUAGGAGGAUUUUUAGCAUCACAUUCUGUUAUCGCAUGUUCUUGGUGGAAAUUUUUAUAUUGUAUAUUUAUUAAGUUCAUAUUUUUCCCAGCUGUUGUUACCUUUAUUUCUUUAGCCUUCAAGUUCACCCCAUUCUUGGGAAGAUGCUGUAUACUUAUGUCAACUUUACCUUCAGCUUCAAGUUGCUUUAUGAUGGCUGAUUCUGCAGGAUUUGGUGGAGGAAUUGCCUCGACAAUGAUCUUUUGGACAAUGGUUUUAUUUAUUCCUUUCUUAUUAGCUUGGUCAGUUGUUCUUGAUGCCUUGAAACUGUUUGUUACGGAUUAA